AUGAGCACCCCUGACUACAAACACGAACGGGGGGGGGGGGGGGGGGGGGUAGGAUUUUCAGACCUCAGCGUUCCGAGACUAUAUAAAUGUGUUAUUGUAGGAGGCGGCACUGCCGGUCUGGCCCUGGCAUCACGACUAAGCCGGGGACUACCGGAGAGUUCUAUCCUGGUGCUGGAAGCUGGACCUGAUGCCGAGAAUGAGCCUCGCAUCAACAUACCGGCUAUGAGAGGUUCGGCUAUCGCAUCAGCGUACGACUGGAAUUUUACCACUGUCCCACAACCGCAUGCGGGCAACCGUUCCCUGACUCAACCCCGAGGAAAGGUCCUGGGCGGAAGUUCCGCGCUUAAUUUCAUGUCGUGGGACCGGGCCAGCAAGGUCGAGUACGACAUAUGGGGCAAGCUAGGAAAUGAAGGGUGGAAUUGGUCGGAGAUGAUGCGCUCGAUGCUCAAGGCUGAGAAUUUCACUUUGUCAGACAAGUACGGUGACCAAGGUGUAGGCUUUGGUGGCCCCAUCCAGACGAUGGUCUGUGAUUGGGUGCCAGAGCACCAGACCUUCUUCAUGGAGGCGUUGAAAAGCCUGGAUGUGUUAGAGAAUCGAAACUCACUAGGUGGAAAUUCUCUUGGAUCGGGGUUCCAGCCGUCAAACGUUCGUUAUAGUGAUCGGAAGAGGUCGUAUAGUGCCCAUCACCCGGGAUAUCCCUCGCUUGCAGGGCCCAAUCUUCAAAUACGGGUAGGAAGGAGGGUGCGCAAGAUUAAUUUGGUGAGUAUAGGUGGAGAAGAUCUGGUAGCCACAGGUGUCACUCUGGAAGAUAACACAACUGUCUUGGCAAUAAAAGAAGUUAUCCUUGCUGCUGGUACCAUGCAAAGCCCCGGCUUGUUGGAGCUCUCCGGAAUCGGUCAGAAAGACGUGCUUCAUGCUGCCGAUGUUCAACAGUUAGUUGACCUUCCUGGGGUUGGAGAGAAUCUGCAGGAUCAUCUGCGAAUUCAGAACUCCUAUCGACUUCUCCCCAACUAUACGUCGGUCGAUAUGCUCAAGACCAAUGCCACCUUUGCAAAACAGCAACUAGAAGCUUAUAACACAGGUCAACGAUCCAUAUACGACUAUAGUGGGGGCAGCUAUGCUUUUCUUAACUGGACUGGCGUGGCUGACGAGCCUUCGCGCAUGGAAUCCUUAGCACGCAAAGCCGCCGAUGAGCCUCUCUCAUUGUCGCCCUUCGAGCGCAUUAGAGCGGACAUCCAGCUUCAUCACAUACGACAUGAAGAAGAGAAUGUUCCACAGAUGGAAAUCAUCUCCGCAGAUGGAUAUACCGGAAUAAAAGGAUACCCACCAGAAACGUCUCCACUCCACGGUUCAAACUUCUUCACGUUGAUUGCAGUCAUGCUACACCCCUUCAGCACAGGGUCGAUACAUGUGACGUCGCCGUUGAUCUCGACAGCUCCACAGAUACAACCUAACUAUCUCUCCCAUGAAUAUGAUAUCCAGGCCCUCGCAUCUGCCGCGAAGUACUUGCGUAAACUGGCGUCAACAGCUCCUCUCCGGCAAGCUUGGACUGAAGAAUACGAGCCAGGCCUUUCUGUGGUUGGCGAUGGACCCGAUAGUGAUAGUCAGUGGAGGGAGUAUGCGAUCAACAACACUGAGACAAUCUUUCACCCAGUCGGUACAUGUGCGAUGUUGCCACGGGAACUACAUGGGGUAGUCAAUGCGAAUCUGACCGUGUAUGGCACGGACAAUCUCCGCGUGGUCGAUGCCAGUGUCAUGCCAGUUUUGAUAUCCGGUCAUAUACAGACAGCUGUAUACGGGAUUGCUGAAAAAGCAGCAGAGAUGAUCAUUAAGCGAUGGCAGUAG